GACCCCUCCCGCUCUCCGUAGGCGCGUCACAGUCCCAGCAUGGCUGCCUUCAGGAGCGGGCUGAGUCCGAGCUGCCUGUCGAGAUGUUUCCUGAGACAAACCGGGAAGACCAGCCGGGGCAGCCGUCCUCCUCCAGACAUGUGGACACAGCGGUUGCUCCAGAGGUCUCAUCUCCACACGGUGAUCGAGUGUCGCGGUCCCGCUGCCAGGACUCUGCUGGGCCGACGACAGCAGGGGAAGUUCCUGUGGGUGAGCGCCGUGGCAGUCCGACACAACAGCUCACAGAUCCCGCCUGAUGAUGGAAUCCUACCAGCUCCGGUGUUGGAAGCUUCCGGCCUUCCAGUCUCUCUGCCCGCUGACCCUACCCCCGUCAUCGCACAACCAAUCACAGAACAGAUCCCAGUUGAAGCAUUGGCGGCACCGGUAGUGGACCUCUCUCCUCCUCCACCUCUGGUUUUGGAUUCCUUUGUGUCCGCUGACCCCAUCCCGGCUUUAACGCAGGUUGCCGAUGCUGCGCCGACUGCAGUGGAGGUCCUGACGGCUACAGAAACCAGUUUAGCGGAGCUCGGACUGGGCGCCUACACACCAGUGGGGCUCAUCCAGAACAUGCUAGAGUUCAUGCACGUGGAUCUCGGUUUGCCCUGGUGGGGGGCAAUUGUUGUAGGGACGGUGUUGGCCCGUCUGGCCGUGUUUCCAGUCAUCGUGAAGGGUCAGAGGGAGGCAGCCAAGCUGAACAACGUUCUGCCCGAGAUGACCAAACUAACUACCAGGAUGAAUGAAGCCAAACAGAGCGGAAACAAAUUCGACUUUGCCAAAGCCUACUCUGACCUGAACCUGUUCCAGAAGAAGCAUGACGUAAAUCCUCUCCGCGGCUUCCUAGUUCCUAUGGUGCAGGCGCCGGUCUUCGUCUCUUUCUUCAUCGCACUGAGGAAGAUGGCCUACCUGCCGGUGCCCAGCUUGCAGACGGGAGGCGUGCUGUGGUUCACAGACCUGACAGCAGCGGAUCCUUUUUAUAUCCUGCCUUUGGCCGUCACUGGAACCAUGUUCUUCAUCCUGGAGCUGGGUGCAGAGUCUGGUGUCGACAACCCCAACCUGCGAGCCAUGAAGACAGUCUUCAGGAUUAUGCCUUUAAUCAUCCUCCCCCUCACCAUCAACUUCCCCACGGCGGUGUUUACCUACUGGAUGACCUCCAACUGCUUCUCCCUGGCUCAAGUCGCCCUGCUCAGGCACCCGUAUAUCCGAGAUCGUCUAAAGAUCCCAGAGAGGAUCAAACACCCGUCCUCCGCCAUGCCCCAGAAUGACGGCUUAAUCGAAAGCAUGAAGAAGGGCUGGAAAAACGCUCAGUUGGCCCAGCAGCUGCAAGAGAGAGAAAGGAGAAUCAAAAAUCAUCUGGACCUCGCUGCUAAAGGUCCACUGAGGCAGACUUUUACCCACAAUCCCCUCCAGCAGACGCCUCCCAUGUCGGCGGCAUCGGCUAAGAACAAGGCGACAGCCGCCAAAGCGAAACCAUGGAAGGACACGCUCGGAUAGAUGAGACGGUGUGUCAGUUUAUGUACAUAUUUAUGGAUCGAAGAGAGGACGAGGUUGUGAUUAUGUAUUAUUCAAGUUAAAAUGUUAAAUCUGUCUCCAACCA